AUGAUUAAGACAAGUCAACCAAAAGAAGAGGAAGCUAAUUUUCACCAUGUGGAGAGAGGGGAAGGUCUCGAUACAAUAGCGAGUAACCUAGGUCACAGUGGUCCGGGAAGGAAAGCCAGUCCCGAAGAGAUCAAGCUGGUCAAACGUUUAGAUUGGAUCAUACUGCCUGUGCUUUGGAUCAUGUAUUGGUUCAACUAUCUUGACCGAAAUGCAAUUACCGUUGCUCGGUUGGACGGCAUGGAAGAGGAGCUGAAUAUGACAUCAACCGAGUACCAGACGUGCGUCUCUAUCCUCUUUGUGGGUUACAUCUUGGGCCAGAUUCCAAGCAAUAUGUUGAUCACACGGAUACGGCCUUCCUGGUUCAUGGCAGGCGCCAUGGCUCUCUGGGCUGUCGUCAGCACUCUGACCGCGAUUGCCAAAGACUUUAAAGGAUUGCUUCUAACGCGGUUCUUUCUGGGUAUUACUGAAGCCCCCUUCUACCCCGGUGCUCUCUAUAUGCUUGCCAUGUUCUAUACCCGACAGGAAAUUGCGACCAGAAUAUCCAUCCUCUUCACGGCUAACAUCUGCGGGACUGCUUUUGCCGGCCUCAUUGCCAUCGGCGUCUUUGAAAUGGACCAGGUCGCCGGUUUGUCCGGCUGGAGGUGGCUCUUCAUCAUUCAGGGGAUCAUCACCUUCGUCAUUUCAGUUGUCUCCGCUUUCAUCCUGCCAAACGAGCCCCUCAACACCCACUGGCUAUCAGAAGAUGAGAAAAUGCUUGCUCAUUCUCGCGUAGCGAGAGAUACUGUUGAGAUACACGAGAACACGAGCACUUUGACAGGGCUUCUAGAAGCAAGCCGCGACCCUCGCCUUUGGGUUCUCGUUUUCAUGCAACAUUUUCACAUGGCAGCAAGCAACUUCAAAAACUUCUUUCCCACGGUUGUUGAUACCUUGGGCUUCAGUAGGAACAUCACGCUGGUUUUGACGUGUCCUCCUUACCUCGUGUCGGGCGUGAUUUCCAUUGCUUGGGCCACAAGCUCGGGACACUUCAAUGAGAGGGUUUGGCACAUAACAAUCGCUAAAUGCAUAGCAGUACUAGGAUUUGUUCUAGCUUGCAGCACCUUGAAUGUUGGGGCCCGCUACUUCGCCAUGUGCACCUACGCAUCAGGAGUCUACGCGUGCAACUCUGUGAUCUUGGGUUGGGUAUCGAGUACCUGUGGGCAGACGAGAGAAAAGAAGGCCGUUUCUCUGGCUAUGGUCAACACCAUUGCUACAUUGGGUCCUAUAUAUACCCCAUACCUAUGGCCAGCUUCAGAUGAGCCCCGAUACACCACUGCAAUGGCUUCAAGUGCGGCGUUCUCGAUAACAGCGGCACUGUUGGCGUGGUUGCUGAGAUGGAUGCUCAUCAAGGAGAACAAGAAGAUUCUUCAAUCGGGUACAAGAGAGGCACUGCUCUAUAGCUAUUAA